UGAUGUAGAAAGAAUUCAUGAUGUGCAGCUGUUGUCUGGCUGUCAUCAAUAAUGGGAUGCGGUUUCCCGCCAGCCUCGCGCUAGCGCGCCAGUCAGCCUUGCCUGAGGACAGGGAUUAUUUUCUCGAAAAUAUCCUUCAACUCAACUCCAGCCUUGAUUCAUCCCCAACGUCAAAACAACGCAAUCAUGGCAACGACUGAUAUCGAAGUCCCCGAUGUGGGAUCGCAAUUGUCCGAUAGUGGAAGCAGUGGAAAGAAGCGCAAGCACGAAGAAGAAGAAGAAGACAUAGCCAAGCAGAUUGGUAUGGACCAGACGCCAUCCCUGCCGCAACAGCCAGAGCUACCAGAAUUCAAUCUGACAUCUGCAAGCCGUUCAAGCCAAGACAAAGAGUCGCCCAGGGAGAAUGAUCGCGCAAGUUCUCCUGGUUGGCAGACUGUAGAGCGACCCAGAAAGAAGACGAAGAGAGUUCCCAAGGCCGAGUCGAAGAACUACCCCGCGAUCGGAUUUUCGCACGAUGCUCGAUUGCAAACAUAUGUCAAACUCAAUGACCUCCAAAGCCUUGUCUUGUAUAUAUUGGCAGAUGGCCCGUCACCUCAAUUUGUGUCCGUCCGCCACAGACCUCAGAUCCGCAAGGUUGUGGUGCUCAUGGUACCUGGUUUGGAGAUGGACAUGUUCUACAAGCAGCGCCAAGAUAAUAGGGAGAUGGAAGACUCACGGCGAGACAGAGACAGGAGGGAUCGCAAUUACGAACCAGAUGAUAUCUACCCCAAGCGUCUCAGACCGGAGAAGCUCUCGACUUCAUUGCAACCAUGGGCGGACAUGUUCGAGCAUAUCUGGCCAGUCAAGACACCUGGUGAUGAUAAGUUCGGCAGAAUGCAUUCUCCUUUUCACACCAUGCUUACAGCUCCUGCACCCAAGACAAAGGAGGAGAAAGACUGGAAGAAGAACAGAAAGGGUGUUGCUCCAGCAAAGGAACCCCAAGGCUGGAAGAAUACGCGUGUUCCAAUUCCUGAAUUCAUUCAUCCCACGGAGGUUCUAUUAGAGAAUGAAUACACACUCCAUCCUGCCAUAUAUGCAGACGAAGAUGAUAAAGCGGCCUUAGCUGAACAUCGACAAUCCAAUGGAGUCUCCGAGGAUCAUGGAUGGGUGGACACCAUUGUGAAGAGCUUCGAAGAUGGCACCGCGCCUGAGGAAGAGAUUGAGUCUGGUAGUAUCACAGCUGGUCGAGAAGUACUUGCCAUGGAUUGCGAGAUGUGCAUGACUGGGGAAACUGAAUUCUCGCUCACGCGCAUCAGCCUUGUUAGUUGGGAUGGUACAGUUGUUCUGGAUGAACUGGUCAAACCAGCCAAACCAAUCACAAACUACCUGACACAGUAUUCUGGCAUCACAGAACAAAUGCUGGAACCGGUUACAACUACGCUGCAGGACAUCCAGAAAAGACUGCUCGAGAUCCUUCAUCCUCGUACUGUUCUUCUAGGCCACUCGUUGAAUUCAGAUCUCAAUGCCAUAAAAAUCACCCAUCCAUACAUCAUCGACACUGCAGUUAUAUAUCCGCAUCCACGCGGCCCCCCACUGAAGUCUUCUCUGAAAUGGUUAGCUCAAAAAUAUCUUAACCGCGAGGUUCAGAAGGGUCAUGGAACUGUUGGUGCUGGAGCUGGUCACGAUUCCGUCGAGGAUGCCAGAACUGUACUUGAUUUGGUCAAGCAGAAAUGUGAGAAAGGCAAAGAUUGGGGAACCAAUGAAGCACAAGGCGAGAAUAUCUUCAAGCGGGUCGCCCGUGCUGGGGUCAAAUACAAAAGCCAAGGAGGCUCAGCUAUACCCGAUCCAACCAGUGGCAAGUCCAGCGCGAUGAUUGACUGGGGUGAACCAAAGAAAGGCCCAGGCGCAGCUGCAAACUUCCCUAUCGGAUGUACUAGCGAUGAAGAGAUCAUGGACGGAGUCAUUCGUGCUGUGAAGGGAGAUGCAGAUGGGAAGGAGAUCCCUGGCGGUGGCGUCGAUUUUGUAUGGGCUCGCUUCCGAGAGCUUGAAGCCCUGAAGGGUUGGUGGAACAACAACAAAGCAAUUGCUGCUGAGGCCGCUGCGAAAGAUGCUGCAGUCGAGGCGAAUGGUGAUGUUGAGAUGAGUUCCGUGUCAAAAGGCAAAGAGUUCCCGGACAGCACAGAACCAGCUGGCGUCAUACCCAGCAAUUCUCUACCAGUCCCAGAACAGCUCGCCGCAUCAAAGUCUGUCUCAGAUGCUGCUGCAGACCUGACGAAUCGUAUCACCAAGAUCUACGAGAGUCUUCCCCCUUGCACGGCAUUUAUCGUCUACAGUGGUUCUGGUGAUCCUCGCGAGAUGAGCAGAUUGCAAGCCAUGAAUGCAACAUUCAAGCGGGAGUUCAAGAUCAAGAAAUGGGAUAAAUUGAGUGUAAAGUGGACUGAUACUGAGGAGCAGGCCUUGAGGCAAGCUGUCAAAGUUGCUAGGAGCGGCGUUGGCUUUAUUUGCGUAAAGUGAAGGGGAUGCAUAUCAAGCGUCGUAUGGGCCUUGUUCGCAUUGUUUUCUGUUGCAUGGUCGAAUUAUUAGUAGUUAAGACGGGUUGUUUCUUCGCAGAGUAGGAAGAUACCACUUUUUGCGAACCAUUUGCUAGGUAGUAAUUACCGUGUUGCGCGA